AUGGUAUCCUUCCUCCGUAUUGGCAGCGCUUUGCUGCUUGGAGCUGCUCUCGUCAAUGGACAGACCUCUACUGCCACCUCUACGUCGAUCGCUCCAGCCCAGCAGACCGUUUCUCCAAAUUCUGACUCUGGCGUGCCCCUCAACACCGCCGAGACUGUGCAAUUAACCACUGAAGUUCUCCAGAACCUGACCACCCAGCUAAAUGAUACCACCGUUUCGUACUUCAACUUUGGGAAUGAUAGUACCUCCACUACAAAGCGAUCCACGACCGGAUGCAAAGUCUUCCCCGGAGAUAGGGCAUGGCCUAUUGGGCUUCUUUGGGAUAUUUUCAAUUUGUUGCUCGGUGGACGUCUCAUCAAGACCGUUCCUUCUGCCUCCCCAUGCUACUCCGGCUGGGGUAAUCAGAAUUCAGCCGAAUGUGCUUCGAUUAACUCUGAAUGGACCGACUCUCACUUCCACAUGGAUGACCCUACAUCCAUCAUGUGGCCCCUUUUCCAAGGCCGGACAUGUCUGCCCUCUAGCUACAACAUCACCGGCACCUGCACCCUUGGCGGUUACCCCUCCUACGCUGUCAAUGCUUCCAAUGUAGCUCAGAUCCAGCUCGCAGUCAAUUUCGCACGCAAUCUCAACUUGCGCCUUGUCGUCAAGAACACCGGCCAUGAUUUCAGCGGCAAAUCCUCCGGUGCUGGCGCUCUCAGCAUCUGGACUCACCAUCUUAAGUCUCUGUCAUUCGUUCCCAACUACUCAGACGGCACCUAUUCUGGCCCCGCUGUCAAGAUGGGAUCUGGUAUCCAAGCAUAUGAAGUCUAUCAGUUCGCCCAUGCUCACGGCGUCACCGUGGUUGGUGGCGAGGGACAGACCGUUGGUGUCGCUGGUGGAUACGUCCUCGGUGGCGGCCACUCUCCUCUAGGCAGUGUCUACGGUCUCGCUGCUGAUCAAGUUCUUGCUAUGGAGGUUGUCCUUCCUAAUGGAGUGUUCACUACUGUCACUGCAGCCACUAACCCUGACCUCUUCUGGGCUCUUCGCGGUGGCGGUGGUUCUACCUUUGGCAUUGUAACCUCUCUCGUUGUCAAAGCUCAUCCCAAGAUCGGUGUUACGGUCGCUCAAUUCGCCUUUGGUACCUCUAAUGUCGUCAGUGCCGACACUUUCUUUGAUGCUUUGAAGACUUUCUACUCAUACUCUGAUGUCUUCACCGCCGCCGGUACUUACGUGUACUUCUGGGUCUUCCCUCUCGGCAAUAAUCAAUAUCUCUUCGAAUUCAACCCCUUCUUCGCCGUCAACCACACCUUGGCCCAGUUUACCACUCUAAUCCAACCGCUUGUUGAUGAUUUGAACCUUCUCGGAAUCUCUGUUACCCCAGGCGGUACCUAUUAUGAUGACUUUUACGAUGCCUGGUUGGCUGGAUUCCCCCUCGAGACUGUCGGCUCCGUAACCAUGAUGACUGGAUCUCGUCUCUUCCCCCGCGAGAACUUCAACAACGCUACUCUCCUCGACCAGACUAUUGCUGCGCAUCGCUACACCUUGGAGCAGGGAUACCCGGUCCUUGCUUUCCAGAUGAAGGCAGAUGCUCCCGCCGACGCCGUUGCUAACGCUGCCAACCCUGCCUUCCGUAACAUGCUCAUGCACGCCAUUACUUCUAGCUUUUGGGCCCCCACCGCUACCAAUGCUGAGAUUCUGUCCAGCAUGAACUUCUUGACCAACACCAUUCUCGGUGCCUGGCGCAAAACCUGCCCCAACAGCGGUGCUUAUAUGUCCGAGUCUGAUAUUCUCGAGCCCAACUUCCAGCAGGCAUUCUAUGGAUCCAACUAUGCCCGCUUGUACUCCUUGAAGCAGAAGUAUGACCCAUUCGGUGUCUUGUACGCCCCUACCGCUGUCGGUAGUGAGGACUGGACUGUCUCCAGUGCUGAUGGCCUUCCCGACCAGAACGGCCGUCUCUGCCACGUUUGA